CCCGCACCCUCCGAUUCAGAUCUCCCCUACCCCUCCCCCUCCCACCGACCGGAGUCCCUUCCAUCUCCAUUCCUCCCCAGCCCCGAUCUCUUCGUCGUACAGGGAGCCGGCAGCGUUGGCGGCUGAGGCGGAGGCCAAUGGAGGCCAUCCGGAAGCAGGCUUCCAAGCUCCGGGAGCAGGUCGCCCGGCAGCAGCAGGCCGUGCUGAAGCAGUUCGGGGGCGGGUACGCGGACAGCGUGUUCGCGGACGAGGGCGAGGCGCAGCAGCACACCAAGCUCGAGAAGCUCUACAUCUCCACGCGCGCCGCCAAGCACUUCCAAAGGGAUAUAGUUCGCGGGGUCGAGGGCUACAUCGUCACAGGCUCCAAGCAAGUCGAAAUCGGUAACAAGUUAUGCGAGGAUGGCAAGAAGUAUGGUGUUGAGAACACCUGUACCAGUGGCAGUACAUUAUCAAGGGCAGCGUUGAGCUUUGCCAAGGCACGGUCCCUGAUCGAGAAGGAACGGGGAAACCUGCUGAAAGCGUUUGGUACUCAGGUCGCUGAACCACUGAGGGCUAUGGUGAUGGGAGCUCCUUUGGAAGAUGCUCGUCACCUUGCCCAAAGAUAUGACAGAAUGCGGCAAGAAGCUGAAGCACAGGCUAUUGAAGUUUCAAAGCGUCAAAUGAAGAUAAGAGAGUCUUCUGGAAAUGGUGAUAUGAUUUCAAGGUUGGAGGCUGCUGAAUCAAAGCUGCAAGAGCUAAAAUCAAAUAUGGGGACUCUAGGGAAAGAAGCUGUUGCAGCAAUGACGGCUGUUGAAGGCCAACAGCAAAGGCUGACAUUGCAACGACUUAUCGCCCUGGUUGAAUCUGAGAGAAGUUACCACCAAAGGGUCCUACAAAUUCUAGACCAACUUGAAAGAGAGAUGGUAUCUGAGCGCCAGAGAAUUGAAGGAGCACCUCCUCCAGUCAUUGAGAGUUCUAUGCCGCCUCCACCUGCAUAUGAAGAAGUUAAUGGUAUAUUCAUGAGGGCCCCAACAGUUGCUGAAUUAGUGGAGACAGUGGAGCAUUUCUUGGCCGAGGCCAUCCAGUCGUACCGAGCUGAGAGUGAAACGGAGCUCAACCUGUCAAGUGGUGACUACAUAGUGGUUCGCCAGGUGUCAAACAAUGGAUGGGCUGAAGGCGAGUGCAGGGGGAAAGCUGGUUGGUUCCCUUAUGAGUUCAUCGAGAAGCGGGACCGAGUGCUGGCAAGCAAAGUUGCCCAGGUCUUCUAGAAAUUGAUAUGGCCAUACAUAUGUCCCUGGUGUUAUACACCGUACAUUGUGAUGUUCUUUUGUCUCAUAAGAAGGCGAUCUGUGAAGAAGUUGUGGAUAUUCUGUAUUUGUUUCAUUCUUUUUGUCAAAAAACAACUGCCCGUGAGAUGGUUGUUGAUCCUUCAGGCUAGCUCUCUGCACUGUUCAAAUUAUACCGGCUGGAAACUGAACUUGCACAUUGCACUCUCCUCAAAUUUA